GGCUGAUGGCCGUUAGAACUGACAAAACAAGUCCAACCCGCAUCUGGAUUGCUUUGAAAAGACUGGACCUGAACGAUGAUGAAGUUACUAUUGUCAAAGAUGUUGGCAUUCUGCGAGGACUAGACAAUGCUGCUGCUAAACAGGUUCUCUUUAACUCCUUUGGGCUGACAGAUAUCACGCUUGUUUUGAAGCUUCGAAACAGUCGGGGUUAUUUGGUUCCGAUCAAUGGUGAACUGAGUGUAAACAACAGACAAUCACCAUAUAUUCUAGAAGUGACAAAAUUGUUCCAGCAUGUUGUCCCCAAACCUCGUACUGAUGCCAUGACAAUGAUCAAUAAAGGUUUGAAGAGCAGACUGCAAAGCAUUAUGAAGAGGGUCAUUUUACAGCUCCUGACUUCCUGAGGAACCUACCAGCUUUAUGGACACUAUCUCCCUGCAGCCACCCAGGGGCUCAAUUUCUUGC